AUGACGGAUAACCAAAUCGAAAUAUUGAGGAUUCAUGAGCUUGAUGCAAGACUUUCAAUAGGAUGUGCUUUCCUUAUAUUACACUACUACAUCACGUAUAUAGAAAGAUGCAAGGCAGCUCAAUUUGCCUUAGAUGAUAACCCAGAUGUAGGAAAGUUUCAAUAUUACUUAAAACUCAGAAGUAGACACAAAAAAUCCAUCCGUGAGUUGCUAUCGCUGGAAGAUAAAGAUGUCAUAACAAUCAAGGAGCGAACUUAUUAUUUUAUGGAUCAAGCUUAA